AUGUUGCUCAAAUCAGUCCUCACGUCCGCUCUCCUGGCCCUUUCGCUUGGGUCGGAUGUGGUGACAGCUUCCAAGCAUGGACGCUUCGCCCAGAAAGCUCGUGCGCCACAGGAGAAGGCGAAACGAGCCAUUGAGGCUCGCAACCAUAACCAUGUAAAGUCGAAUAAGGAUUACCGCUUCUUGAAUAAGAAGACCAAGCCUUACCUGGUGGACUCCCUGCCCGAUGUCCCAUUUGAUAUCGGCGAGAUGUAUUCCGGUUUGGUGCCAAUCGAUGAACACAACAGCUCCAGAUCGUUGUUUUUCAUCUUUCAGCCUACCAUCAAUGAGCCUGUCGACGAAGUGACUAUCUGGCUUAAUGGUGGUCCUGGAUGUAGCUCGAUGGAGAGUUUCUUGCAGGAAACUGGUCGGUUCAUAUGGCAACCUGGUACCUUUGCACCGGUGGAGAACCCUUAUUCUUGGGUGAAUCUGACCAAUAUGCUGUGGGUUGAUCAACCGAUUGGAACGGGUUAUUCUGUCGGCACACCAACUGCUGAUUCUGAGGAGGAAACUGCUCAGGAUUUUGUCAAGUUCUUCAAGAACUUCCAGAAGACCUUCGGGAUUAAGAACUUCAAGAUCUAUGUCACCGGUGAGAGUUAUGCCGGGCGUUAUGUGCCCUAUAUCUCGGCUGCGAUGCUAGAUGAGGAAGACAAGGAGUACUUUGAUUUAGAUGGUGCGCUGGUAUACGAUCCAUGCAUUGGACAAUUCGACUACAUCCAGGAAGAAGUGCCCGUUGUGCCCUUCGUCCAGCAAAACGCGAACCUCUUCAACUUCAACGAAUCCUUCAUGGCCGAGCUUGAAAGCAAGCACAAGUCCUGCGGAUACGAGGAGUUCAUCGACAAGUAUCUCACCUUCCCACCACCGGAAGUCCAACCACCCAUGAUCUUCAAUUACACCACCAUGGCUGAUUGCGAUCUAUUCGACCUCGUUUACGAUGAAGUCUUCCACAUCAACCCCUGCUUCGACCUCUACGAGAUCAACCUAAUGUGCCCACUCCUCUGGGACGUCCUCGCCUUCCCCACCUCCCUCGACUACCAAGCCCCCGGCUCAACCGUCUACUUCGACCGUUCAGACGUCAAGCGCGCCCUCCACGCACCCCACGACACCUGGCACGGAUGCUCCGUCGAGCCCGUAUUCACCGGCCGCAACGCCGGCCCAGAACAGGAAGGCGAUAUCUCCGCGAAUCCGAUCGAGCAUGUCUUGCCGCAGGUUAUCGAGGCGACCAACCGCGUGCUCAUCGGCAACGGCGACUUUGACAUGGUCAUUAUCACCAACGGCACGCUCCUGGCUAUUCAGAACAUGACCUGGAAUGGGCAGCUCGGAUUCCAGGAAAAGCCUUCCACGCCUAUCGAUAUCACAAUGAAGGAUUUGAUGUACGCGGAUGUCUUUGCCGAGAACCGUGCUUCGGACCUCGAUGGGCCUCAGGGUAUUAUGGGUGUUCAGCACUAUGAGCGUGGUCUCAUGUGGGCUCAGACUUAUCAGUCUGGUCAUAUGCAGCCGCAGUACCAGCCUCGUGUGGCGUAUCGUCACCUUGAGUGGCUGCUUAGACGCACUGAGGAGAUUUAG